AUGGCGCAAGCAAGGAUGCCUGAACUGGCCGAUAUGGUCAGAAGGCAAUAUCACAGGUUCCCUUCCGAUACGUGGGAAGCUACACGUCUCGCACUCGAUAACCCAGAACCCCAUCGCCUCUUCGAACACAUAGAGACACUCAUCUCCACACGCAAGAUCGAUGCGAUUCUUCAUAGUAAUGCGGACUUCCGCGGGCUCAUGGCAAGUCUGUACGGUCAACGGUACGAGUGGCUUCAAGAUGCGGACCUCGGAGACGCUCGUUGGGGGGUGACCCAAGAAGAGGGCGUCGAGGAUCUCGCCGCGCAAGCCAAGGCAGCCGAAGACGACGGUCGGAGUUUGGAAAACCGGAAGAGAGAUAUCAUGCUCAGGAAGCUUGUCGAAGGCGGCGACGAUCUAGAAAGGUGGGCCAAGGUCCUGGGCUUCGAGGGCACCAGCUUCUCCCGGGCCGAGAUCGAAGCCGUCGCAGCAAAGAUGAGGACCGAAUCUGGGUUGGUGGAAGGCCAAGGCCGUCCUGCUUAUGGUGUGGGAGAGGAGAGAGAGGGCACCGGCGGCCCGGAUACCACUGGGUGUCUGGACGGACCCGAAGGUACGUACGGUCCUUCGACGUACGCAGGUCAGUCGAGCCUCCUCGUCGACGAAGAGCCGGUCCAGCCUGAGACAGUGCCACGAGCCCCUGCCGAGGGCGGAGAGGCACCCAGGAACCCCUUUACGACGGAGUGGCGUGCCCGCGAUAACCCCGGAAACUGGAAGUGGCCGCAGACCCUUGACCCCUAUUACAGCAGCAACCAUUUCAUCAGGAGGUCGACGAAGUACAAGCAUCCUGAACGGAACUCUCCACCAGACGAUGACGAUGAUGAAGAGGAAGACGAGGAGGAAGAUAACGAGGAUGACUCAGCUCAGGAAUGGGAAAGAGAUGAUUCUGAGGGUGAAAGGAUGCCCCCGAGUGCGUUAGCUGCCUUGGCCACGACUAGUCGGACUCGGACAAAGUCUAAAUUAAAGACAGUAACAUCAACUCGAGGCGAGGGCUCUCGCAGCAGUCAAAAAGACAAGGGCCGAAAAGGUUCACGGUUACGUAGAGGUCAGCCACCAAAGACGAGCCGUCCGACUACCACCGAAAGACUGCCUAGAGGCAGUGAAGAUGGACGAGCUUCUGUUCGCUUCUCGGGAUUUACGGAGUCGCCUCCAAAGCCUCAAGGUCCUGUGAAAUCCCCUUUCGUUUUGGACACCAGGGCAACGCCUCCGCGCGAUGAUACGACUGCCCCCUAUAUCACCGUCGCCGACACAUCAUCAUCCACUGGGCAUCGUUUACCCGCAAGCCGAUCUGGACGCGGCAGUCGUCUCUUGAGAAACUCUGCCCUCGCCCCUCCAUCGACACAACCCCCUCGUAUCUUCACUCCCGUUAGAGAAAUCUAUGUUUCCGAAUCCGCAUCGCCCAGCACCGCAUCAGAGGCAUCCGACGUCGAUAUGGUCGACCCCGAACCCGAAGAUGCAGAUGCUGCUGCUACCACUACCACCAGAAACGACGGCGAGAUCUCUGAAGACCUCCGCAGCGGACCCUACGACAGCCAGUGGCUCAUCAACUGGUUCAAACAAGACCCCGCCACCACAGAAGAGGACCUGCGCAUGAUCGACUACAAGGGCUGGCGCGUCCCCGCACCCAAACUCCAGCUCGUCCGCAUCAAAAACUUCCUCGCGGACGAGGACACUGACCGCACCCUCGACUGGAAGCGCAAGUGUGCCGAGAUUGGCGAGUUCUUGCAGUACUGCAUCCGCAUGGACGGCGUCACCAAAAAGGACUGGUACGUCGACCUCCGCGAGGCGAUCAGCAUGCUGCAUACCCACAAGCUGUUCGAAGAGCACCACUACGGCACGAAGAAGCUCGUCGUCGAUUUCCCCAAAAUGGGCGCCGUCAGCACGCGACUGCCACCCUUACUCGACGGGCGCGACAUCGUCGUCGAGAAGAGGGCUAGGGAUCCCGUGCGGCCUCGUUACCUCCUACACCGCGUGCCCGAGUCCGUCCAGGACGUCGACUACCAGAUCCCCGGACCGCUGCUACGAAUGGCAUUUCUCAAGUGGUUCCGCGAGGACGGGAACCUCGUGUGGGCCGCGGACCCGAACAGCGACGAGGCGCCCGGCUCGGGAGAGCGCGGGCAGAGGUUCGGGUACGAGCCAGACUUCAACAUGGCGCUCACGGAAGACGAGUGGUUCGAAAAAUGCAUGACGGGAGGGCCCGAGGCGACCUCGGACGAGCUCCACGGCGAGGCCAACUUUUACCUCCUCAUGGACGAGUACGUCGGCGGCGAGGUCAACACGUACGAGGACGAGGGCAAGACGCGCAAGUUGCAGAAGUUCUACCCCGAGGGCGAGACGCAGCAGCGCUUCGCCCGUUUUCGCGGAGCAAAGCGCGCGGCGCUGCAGCAGUGUCUCUCGCAUUUCAACAGCGAGGAGAACGUGGCGCUCGCGAGUCCCUUUCGGAAAUUGGUGCUGCCGCUGACCAAGAGGGAGAAGGCGGCUGCGCUGGCUGAUGCGAGGCGGGAUAUCGUGUACAAGCCUCACUCUGUCAAGGCGCCGCCGCCGGGGACCAAGCUUGACCCGCUCGGUAUCACGUACUGGCAUAACCAGAUGCAGGCUGCCCAUCGUGACCGCGCGUAUACAUUGUGGAAGAAAACGGUGCGUAGUAACGAGAAGAUGCUGGAGGACAUGGGGGUCGACAAGGACACGGUGAGGCUCCCCGAGCAGCUGUACGGUCCCGUCACACCCUGGCAUUUCUUGAGGAAGAGCGAGAGGAGGGUGCUCAUCGACUUUCAUCACCUGCGCAUCCUCCGCGAGAAACUCACGAGUGCGUACAAUAAAGAUCCGCGGGAGAUGCUCGAGGGCGUGAUCAAGAACAUCGAGUACGGGCUCAAGGGGGCGCCCUCGUGGGACGUGGAGGAGGUCCUGGCUGCCCACCGGGAGAAGAACGGCGGACACUGUCGCCCCCUCAAACCAUGGGAGGUGGAUUGGCUAAAGUUUGUCUGCGGGCCGUCCACGACGGUCAAGGCCCAGCAGUCGGUGCUCCCGAAGCUGGGGCGCGACUUUGACGUGUUUGUCGCGCGGAUGCAGGCGCUGCUGAACCAGCCGAGCCAGGUGUGUCUCUUUGCGGGGCAGGAUCGCAAGAACACGCUGCCGCGGGUUGCCGGUGCCCUUAACGACGGGAUUCGAACGGGCGACUAUUUCUUCACUGAUGAUUUGGUGAAUAAGUACAGCAAGGUGCUGGCCGAAUAUGGAAGACUCACCUACGAACGCUCAGAAACUGGCGAGGUCUCCAUAAGCCGACCCAAAAACGACUGGCACCCAGAACACCGCAUGAACUGGGACAUCGGCACCGACUGGGCCCAAGAAACGGACCAGAACAAGCUCUUGUACCACCGCCUCAACGUUCCAAACCCAUUCGUCACGUGGGAAUGGCCCUCGGCUUUCGCAAAGUUGGACGAGAUCAACCUGACGCGCACGCUGACAAAGGAGCUCCUCUGGACCCUCGGCUACCGCCUCGGCGUCGAGCUCGCGAGGUGUGUCGUGAACCUCCCCAUCAUCAACCAGCGCCUCAAUCACGGCAACGACUGGGAGUACCGCAAGACGCAGCUGCAGGACGUCCUGGGCAUGUGGGGCAGCAGCUUCUCGCGGGACAGGCCCGGCGAGGAGGACACGGUCACGCCGCGGGUGUCGUACAAGAGCGUCGUAAAGGCAGGCGAGCCGCAGACGUGGACGGAGGAGAUGACGGAGGAAGAAGCGCGCGAGGUCGUCCGGCGGGGCAUCAUAGACGAGCUCUCGCGGGGCCACGGGACGCUGUGGCCCAGUCGGCCGCGGUGGUUCCACAGGCGCCGGGACGACAAGCGCUUCAUGACGCUGCACCGCGAGCGGAUCUGGGACUGGGCGUCUCCCGGCGUGUGCGGUAAGAAGAAGCGGCAGUUCUUUUCGAUGAACCGGUGGCCGGUGCAUCUGCAGAGCAGAGAGCGGCAGGAAGAGAUCAGGCGGAGCGUGACGGACGAGGGGUUGCGGAAGCAGGCCGAGGCCGACGAGCUGCGGACGAAGAUGGCGAGGCUCGCGGAGAGCGUGAGGCCUACUGCGGACGAGAUUCGGCAGACGCAGAUAGCGCAGAUGCUUUCUGUGCCGUAUCAUGUUGGCGACGAUCGGAGGACCGAGUUUUUCCCUGGUGUGACGGAGUACUGGGGUGGCGAUACCGAGUCGCAGAGGCGGGAUCUUGAGAGGCGUGCGGAGGCGAUGAUUAAUGAAGAGCUAUUUCCCAACGACGGCAUUGCGCCUCGCGGAACGGGGUGGAUCAGUCGUGAGGCGAUCCAGACGCCCGGCGCUGAAACCCCUGAAUUGAUAGAAAUUGAUCCGGACCUGGUGCCGAGAAGCGUUCCGGCCUGGGUCCCCUCGGGGCGAAGGACGUCGUCGGCAGCGGGUGGGGCUAGUGCGGAGGAAACUCAGCCGACGCCGGCGACGGGUCGGCAGUCGCUGUUCCCACCACGGCAUCCACCGCGGCAGAGACGAGUGCGAUUUAACGUCGCGGCUCAGGAGGGUAGCGAUUCGGAGAAGUAG